CGCCAACACUUCCGCCACGAACCGGAAGCGUGGUGGCUCGCAGAACGCGGCUGGGCGCGUGGAGACUUCUUGGAGAGUUUAAGCGCCAGGACUGCAGCGGCUGCGAGAGCGAGUGUCUCAGGCACUUGCGUCCGGCUUGGCGAUGCUGACUCCCGCGUUCGACCUCAGCCAGGACCCGGCUUUCCUGACGAUCGCCAUCCGCGUGCCCUACGCUCGGAUCUCCGAGUUCGACGUCUAUUUCGAGGGGACCGACUUCAAGUUCUACGCCAAGCCGUACUUUCUCAGAUUAACCCUUCCUGGAAGAAUUGUUGAAAACGGAAGUGAACAAGGGUCCUAUGAUGCAGAUAAAGGAAUUUUUACCAUCCGAUUGCCCAAAGAAACUCCUGGCCAGCAUUUUGAGGGGCUGAACCUAUUAACUGCUCUUCUGGCACCAAGAAAAUCCAGGACGGCAAAACCACUUGUGGAAGAAAUAGGUGCUUCUGAGGUUUCUGAGGAAGUAGUAGAAGAUGAUGACGAAGAGUUUGAUUGGGAAAUUGAACAGACACCCUAUGAAGAAAUAGCAGAAAGUGCUUUAAAUCCAGAGUGCCACUAUGGAUUUGGAAACUUAAGAUCAGGAGUGGUUCAGCGGUUACAGGAUGAAUUGAGUGAUGUUAUUGAUAUUAAGGAUCCAGAUUUCACUCCUGCAGCUGAACGACGGCAGAAACGCUUGGCUGCUGAGCUGGCCAAAUUUGAUCCUGAUCAUUACCUAGCUGACUUUUUUGAAGAUGAGGCUAUUGAACAGAUUUUGAAGUAUAAUCCUUGGUGGACUGACACACAUUCAAAAAUGAUGGCCGUUUUGGAGAAGAGUCAGGAGCAAGAAAAUCAUGCUGCGUUAGUAUCUUUUUCUGAAGAAGAGAAAUAUCAGUUACGGAAAUUUGUCAAUAAAUCUUACCUACUGGACAAGAGAGCCUGUAGUCAGGCAUACUACGGUUUGAUUGAUAUCCUUCUGGCGUAUUGCUAUGAAACUUGUGUCACUGAAGGAGAGAGGAACGUUGAAUCUUCAUGGAAUAUCAGAAAACUGAGUUCAACACUGUGCUGGUUUGAGACGUGGACUAACGUUCAUGAGAUCAUGGUAUCUUUUGGAAGAAGAGUUUUGUGCUACCCGCUUUAUCGCCAUUUCAAACUGGUGAAGAAGGCCUACAGAGAAACUAUAAAGAUACUGCAACUGGGUAAAAGUACAGUUUUAAAGUGUCUCCUGGAUAUUCACAAAAUUUUUCAAGAGAAUGACCCAGCAUAUAUUCUAAAUGAUCUCUACAUCUCAGACUACUGUGUGUGGAUUCAGAAAGCCAAGUCCAGAAAGUUAGCAGCCCUUGCAGAAGCCUUAAAGGAAGUUUCCCUUACAAAAGCUGAGCUGGGAUUAGAACUGGAAGAACUGGAGGCCGCAGCACUUCUUGUCCAGGAAGAAGAAACUGCAUUAAAAGCAGCCCAGUCAGUUUCCAAGCAGCAGACACUUUGCUCCAGUUCAGAGGUAGACGAUUCAGAGGAAUCAGACAGCACCCCAUCAUCUGAAACUGAAGACUCAGACUUGGAUUCAGAACAAGAAGGGCUUGAAGAGAGUCAGCCUGAGACAGUCAGUUCUUUGCUAGGUCCUUUUCUUGAGGAAAGUAGUGCCCUGCGUAUUGAUGGCGGGAUGUGCAGAAACAUAGCUGUCCAGAGGCCUGGUGUUGGUCAGGAGAAGCCACUUGCCUCUUCCCAGGCUUUUGGAGUGUCUGGGCCCCUGAUAGAGGAGCUUCAGGAACAACUGAAGACUACAGUUCAGGUUUCAGAACCUGAGGGCGCCACUGCUGUAAGCCACAGCACUAUGCAAGAAUGAAACAGCCCUGAUGCUCCAAGUAAUUGACUCUCUAAGUGGUUUUAUUUGUUGUGGAGGAUAUCGCAGAUUUGAUUUUAUUUACUGAAUUAGAAUUUCUCAUUUACACUUUGUAUUUUUUCUUAGUAUAUAUAGUCGGCCUUUCAUAUUUGUAGAUUCAAACAACUAAAGAUUGAAAAUAUUUAAGAAAAAAUUGUAUUUGUA